ACCAAGUCAUUCAGGCAUGGAGAAAUCAUGUCGAGAUUUUAGCGUGUGUUCACGUCUACUGCACAUAGGACUUCGUAGCUAUGCGUGUAUAAAUAUAACUGACGAAGGCAAACAAAGAAGGGCGCAAAGGUUAUAAACUGGAUAUGGUCUUGUUAGCGUAGCUACGGUUCCCUCUUCCUGUUACUCGCCACUGACAGCUCUAUAACAAAGGCGGCAUUUGUAUCCACAACCGCAGAUAGUAUAGUGGGAUUACAGAACUGUGAUCAGGUGCCGGUACCAAACCACAAAGGCAGCUUACAGAAACCUUCUCCAACACUAUAACUAUUCCCCCCAAUGGCCGCCAAAGAAAGACUUCCAAGCUGCACAGUGUGUCAAAUGCCAUAUGUCUAUGAUACCAGAGGUCCCUUUCUCCUCCCAUGUCUGCAUUCAGUGUGUGAAAACUGUCUAAAAACAGAAAGUGACAGGACGCUUCUGUGUGGUACCUGUCAGGAAACGUUCCCCAAAUCCUCAUUUCCAAUCGAUGCUGUAACCAGAAAGGAAAUCCUUCUCUCCACCACUGUACACAACACGCAUGAGCUGCUGUGUACCAACAGAGAAGAUGGCAACCAGGCUAUGUCCUGGUGUCAGGAGUGUGAAGCAUUUCUCUGCGAACAUUGCCAGGUAGCUCACGGGGACAUGAAAGCCACACGGAAACACAAGGUAAUACUCGUGCAGGAUUUGCCUAAGUUUCCACAAACUUUGAAGGGUAUGCCAUACUGUCAUCAGCAUUCACUCCACCCUGUCACCUUCCAUGAUUCCAGCUGUAAUGUGCCACUGUGCGCCAUGUGUGUCCUGACCGAACACGUGAGCUGCAAGACAGAGGACAUUGAAACUGCCUGGAACACACAUCGCACUUUCCUUGAAGACAAAGCUGUCACAUUGACCGCCAAGUUGGACAGGUUGAUGGGUUGCCGAACGCUCCAGAGAGACAUAGGUCAAAGCCUAAAGCUACAACAAGAUGCUGUUGAAGAAGUCAUCAGGUACACCUUCAAGAAGCUGCAUCUGAUGUUGGACCAGAGAGAACAAGAGUUAAAGAUCGAGGUCAAUGAAUCCACCAAGUUUCUCACACACAGAAGUGAUCAACAACUUCUUACACUGGAGGGAGAAGUUGACAAAGUGACACAGAACCUUGACUUUAUUCAAAAGUUGAACCUUUUGUCAUAUCCUGUUGAACAUUUUGCAAUGAUGGACACAAUUGACAACAGAACGAUGGCUGUUGCUGAAUCCGAAUUACCUCGAGUCAAGAGUCAGGAGUAUUCCUUCACUUUCUCCAGAGAUGGCCCCCAAAGGUUGCAGCAACAAAUUUCUUCCCUUGGUGGAUUAUUUACCAAUCGUAUCGGAGCAGAUGUUGUUUUAAAGGACAACGGUGGUAGAAACCAUAUCCUGCAAAUUCCCCCUCUGAAGAUGGACAAAACCAGACUCAACACUGACCUCGUCCAUAUCAGAGAUGAUGAAAUCUUGAUACAUGGCAAACAGUUCCAACAAGAACGAAGCCACGGCAGUUUCCGAAACUAUUCAGGGACCAUCUCAUGUCAUCCUCUCACCCAAUCUGACAUUCAGUAUUGGGAGGUGAAGGUGUUCCUGGAGCCUUUCCAGAACCCGGGAGGUCUACUGUUGUUUGAGACGGGCGCAUGUGUCCAAGCCUCGAUUGACGAUGGCGAAACAGCUUGUGGCAAUGUGCACUCUUUCGUGAUGUUUGCAGCACUAUGCGAUGUUCAUAGAGGCAUCUGUGUCCAAUCUCGAAAGCAUGGCAGAGACACCACGUGUUUGCAGAACGUGCUGGAGAACACUGAAGGGGCAGCCACUGAUCUUUGGUAUGGGUUCUUGUUCAACCCAAUGGAAGGGUCUGUGUCGAUUGUUGAUGUGAAGUCAGGGUGUGUGCUGGUUCAACUCACACACAUGGAAACGGGUCUAGAGUAUUGGCCAGUGUUUGGGGUUUUCAAUGGACAUUUGGCGAAAGUUCACAUGAGCUUGGUUUCCGGGGUGAACAUUACUUUUGACGGGCAUAAGAAACGAUGGAUGCAGAGCGCUUUGGGUUAAAAUUCGCCAGAAAAGAUUCUCGCUUUGUAUACUUCUUCGCGUAAUAUAAAGUUGAAGUCACUAUUUAAAGUUUAUAUGGAAAAUUGUCCCCGGUUACAAAGCCACUGACCAGAUGCAGGGCGUUUGGAAACAAAGGAUUUUAGCUGACGACCCUGGGUAUAUAAGUGACCAGACAAGAGGUCUGGGAGAAAGAGUUUAGACCUGGCCUACGACUGUAGCACUACAGUCAUCGUCUAAAUAAACAGUUGUGGACCCUCA